AUGCCAAGCAAGCAUCUGGAGUCUUCUAUCAAGGCGCUGGAGCAGCUGAAAAUGACAGCCGUCAACCGCUACGCCGGCGAGCACAAGCACAGCAUCAUCGGCAUCGGCCUGACCAUCCAGCACGCCCCCGUCGAGCUCCGCGAGAAGCUCGCCGUGCCGGAAGCCGAGUGGCCGCGCGCAAUCGGCGAGCUCUGCGCCUUCCCCCACAUUGAGGAGGCAGCGGUGCUGUCCACUUGCAACAGGAUGGAGCUGUACGUGGUCGCCGUCAACUGGCACCGCGGCGUGCGCGAGGUCGAGGAGUGGCUCUCCCGCAGCAGCGGCGUGCCGCUCGAGGAGCUGCGCCCCUACCUCUUCCUGCUGCGCGACCGCGACGCUACGCACCACCUGCUGCGCGUCGCGGGCGGCCUGGACUCCCUCGUUAUGGGGGAGGGCCAGAUUCUGGCGCAGGUCAAACAGGUGGUCAAAGUCGGUCAAACCUGCCCCGGCUUCGGGCGCCAGCUGACGGGCCUGUUCAAGCAAGCGAUCACCGCCGGCAAGCGCGUGCGCGCAGAGACGAGCAUCAGCACGGGCAGCGUCUCCGUCAGCAGCGCGGCCGUCGAGCUGGCUCAGCUGAAGCUGCCGGGCGGCUGCUGGGACGCGGCGCGCGUCUGCAUCAUCGGCGCCGGGAAGAUGUCGACGCUGCUGGUCAAACACCUGCUGUCCAAGGGCUGCAAGCGCGUGACCGUGGUCAACCGCAGCCUGCCGCGCGCCCAGGCGCUGGCGGUGGAGUAUCCUGGCAUGGACUUUGAAAUCCGCCUCAUGCCGGACUUGCUGGACUGCGUCGCGGAGUCUGACGUCAUCUUCGCUGCGUCGGGCAGCGAGGAGGUCCUCAUUCACAAGGACGACCUGGCGUCCAUGCCCCCCUCCCCCGCGGCCGUCGGCGGCGUGCGCCGCUUCGUCGACAUCAGUGUGCCCCGCAACAUCGCGCCAUCCAUCAACGAGCUCCGGGACGCGCCCGAGGGCCGCGCGGCGGUGGUGUACAACGUGGACGAUCUGAAGGAAGUCGUGGCGGGCAACAAGGAGGCGCGCGCGGCGGCGGCGGCGGAGGCUGAGGUGCUGCUCAGGGAGGAGCAGCGCAGCUUUGAGGCGUGGCGGGACUCCCUGGAGACGGUGCCCACAAUCAAGGCGCUGCGCACCAAGGCCGAGGCCAUCAGGGCUGCAGAGUUUGAGAAGGCCAUGGGCCGCUUCGGGGAGGGCGCCACCAAGAAGCAGCUCAAGGCUAUUGAGGAGCUCUCAAAGGCGAUCGUGAACAAGCUGCUGCACGGCCCCAUGACCGCGCUGCGCUGCGACGGCACCGACCCCGACGCCGUCACCGCCACCCUCGCCAGCAUGGACGCCCUCGAGCGCAUGUUCGAGCUGAGCCAGGUGCAGCACGGCCCGCGGCCCCCCAAGCGCGCGCAGAGCGCGCCGGCCGGCGGCAGCAAGUGA